AUGAAGAUUUACGAUUUUCCUCUGGCUAUUUUUUGCGUGGCUAGAUCCGCAUUCUUUAUUAGAACGAGGCAUAUCAGCCGCAGUCAGUGGACGCACCAAAGUCGGGUUUAUAAAGUUCUCGACAACCGGCGAGGGCGGCAGAAGUCAAGUCUUCGGGCCGAGUUCAGGAUCGCUGAAUUUUUGGUGUCGUCUUGGGGCGAAAUAAAUCUGCCGUUUCUGUUUCCGACCUGAAUUUUUGUCAACCUGUGUUGCAUUCUGGCAGGGCCAGUAGCAGAAAAAGAUACUCAACGGACGUUCAAGGGUUCUUGAAAGUGUGGGACCUUUUUUAGGCUUCCUGCAACGCGUUGUUGAGAAGACACGGUACAAAAGCAUGCACCCUAGGAUUUUUCGACGCUUUGACUCCCCUCCUCCUUUCACACACUUUCUUAGACGAUAAUCAUG